GCAGGUCUCGCGAGAGGAUUCCCCCGUUACUGUGGCGACCGGGAGACUCCGGGCCUAGGCCGGAGGCCGCGCAGUUCCAGCUGGUGCAAGGAAAUUUCUGCAGGGUCCGAGAAAUUAUUUGUGCUUUCCAAUAUGGUGCUGGUGGGAGAAGUAGGUGUUGUUCCUAGCGGAAAAGUCUACAGGCAGAUCUUCGAUGAUGAGGUGCACUUAGUACGCUCUUUGGAACAAGGGAGAAACAGGGCUGCACAGCAUAAGCUUCCUGUGAGCAGUGGAAAAAUCCCCCUGGUCAAGGAUCUGGAAACGUGUGCUGGCAAAGGACUGUUAUCUCCUCGCCAACAGAAAUGGGUUGAAGGAAUGCCCUAUGAUGACUUCACUGAAAACCCAGUGUUCCACAAAGAAGCUACAGUAGUUCAAAAAGUUCAGGAAAGUGAAGAUGUGAUUGCAGCCCAGGAAGUCAGAGGCCUCGCUGAUUUAAUUAUUCCUGAGAAAACAAACAGCAAUAUCAUUGAGCGCCUUUCAAAGGGCAGGCAAGGCCGUCACAAUGAAGCAGUGGUUAUGAUGCAACAGGAGUUAGCCUGCAUUGGGACGGAAAUGGAACAUUUCAUUUUGGAGACCGAAACGUUGCUUUUGACAAAACUCUCAGAAUCUAAUAGAAAAAUUGAACUUCUUUUAAAGAAGAUUGAACGUGACAGUGAUCUGGAAGCCUUCUCAAUUGAAAGCUUUGGGCAGUUAUGGGAUGAUAUCACCCAAGACUUAUUGCACAGAAGGCAGUGGAUUAGAGAGAUGGAUGAAACCUUAAACAAGUAUGAAGUGGAUCGAGCAGAGAAGAUAAAAGAUGUUCUGAAGAAAUGCACCAAGAUUCUGGAGGAUAUAGCCUAUCUUUUACCCCCUGAUAUUCACAGAUUUAUACAUAAUGAAGCCAUGAUGAUUAACCAAGCCCUACUGGCCAAUCGGAGGGCAAUUGCCAGGCUAUUUGUUAAUCUGAUGGAGGCAGACCUGAAGAAGGAGCUAUCUCUAAGGUUCAAAUGGCAAGACAGGGUGAAGGCCUGGAAGAUCAUGCAGAAGGAUUAUGUGGUACAUAGUUUCAGAAAAUUUAUGGAAAGUGAGGAGAUACAGAACCCCCCGGAAGUAAAAAGAGACUUGGAGAAUAUGAAAAAGGAACAGAUUUCACUUGAUAGCCAGAGAAUGAAACUUCUGCAGCAUCUUAGUGAUUUUUUGCCUUCAACACACAAAAAAGCUGAGAUAAAUGAAUGGUAUGAAUCUCUUACGGCUUUAAACAAACGUAUAGAUACCCACAAUGUGCAGUGUAUGAUGAGAAUUCGCCUCCACUACGAGAGAGUCUGGCAAGAAUGUUUGUCUGAAGUACAGAAGUGCAAGAAUAAACUGUUGAAUUUGAAGGUUUGCACAGAGGAAGAGGCUGAAAAAGUUGGGAACCCUGAAUUCUUCCAGCUGAUUGGGAAUCUACAAAGUCAGUUUGAAGAAGAACUGGAGCAAAUGGAUAGAGACUUUGAGGAUCUGGCUAAACUGACUGAACAGGAUUGCAAAGACUUGUACAGAUAUUUCCAGGAAGCUCUUGUCCUUUGGGAUGUGCAUCAACUCAACCUGACCCAGCAAGAAAAUGAGCUUCAGAUGAAACUGAAGGAGUGCCGUCAAAAACAUGAAAACCAAAAUCAGAUACAGGAACUUAAUCUGGAUAUAAUUUUGGAUAAAUUGAGGAUACAGAGCAACGAAGCAAAACUGACAAGUCAUUUGGAAAGGGCCUUUUCUUCCCUGGAUGACAUUAGAGCUGGGUAUGAAGCCUACCACCAAGACAUAGUGGAGAGAGUAGCAGCCUAUCCAGAAGCCAUACUGAAGGAACUGAUUGCAUAUAGCACAUCCAUCAGCCAAUACUUUAACGUAAAGGAAGUCUUUCAACAGGGCUUGCCGGAGGAGACAGGCUCUGCCUCUGAAGAGCAAGAAUUAGUGGAAGAUUCAGAAACUGAAAAUACAGAAGAGCAGCAAGAGGCUGAGAGCUUUGCAAGAGAAAGCGAAGAAGCAGAGCAAUGUUCCGAGAGCCUCCAACAAGAAAAUGAGGAAACAAAUGCAGGUGAGGAUAAGGAGAGCUUAGCACAAGAAGCUGAAGAAGCAGAAAAUCAAGGGGCUGGGGAGAGCUCUGCUGAAGGAAGUGAAGGAACUGAUCAGUUAGAAGAAAGUGAUAAUUUUGCACAACAAAGGGAAGAAGCAGAAAUAUUUGAGGAUGAAGAGAAUCAAGAGUGUAAAGAAGAUGAUUUGCAAGGCACUCUUCCUGAGAUCACAUUUUCCGACUGUGACGAGACAGAAAGCUCUGAAAUUAUAGCUGAGGUCUUCUUCACCACUAGUGGAAACCUUUACUCUGUCAUUAGCUGCGAGGAGUCUGACCAAACCAAGACCAAAGAGAUUUGUUGUACUAAACUUAAAAAAAAAGAUCCACUUCCUAUGUACCUGAAACAUGUGCUUAUACCAGACAGCUUGCUGGAAGAGCUCAAAAAACGGAUUCGUCUAGGAUUUUUUGAUCACCUGGAGAUGUGGUUUGCCCAGUCCUUGUCCAAUGCCUGCAUCAUUGUAACUGCUAAGAAAGAGGAACUGAAUUCAGAACUCCAGCUUCGUCUUCAUCUGCAUGAACCGAGGCAUGAACGCAUAGAAAAGGAAAUCCAUGAUGUCAGGGCUGCGGAGCUGGCACAUCACCAAGAUCGUCUGGAAAGUCACUGCACAGCAUUGAUGGAAGCUCUGAACAAAGAGAAAAGUGAGUUUCUGAAGAUCCGAGAGCAUCAAAAUGAUAUCAGCAAGGAGUUCCGUGCACAGAUCCAGGACAUGGAGUCCGUCUUCCUCGUUGCCUCUAAUGCUGAAAAGUUGAUUUCUCUAAGCAACAUUCUGCAUUCAGAGAUGCGUAAUCAUGUGGAAGUUAUCCAGAUUUCCCUCCGGAGUUACCGGAACUACUUGGAGGAAGCUUUGAGAAAAUUACGAGAUUCAAACAUGGACUUCGUUAAGUCUUGCAGAUUAUUUUCAGAGGGAGGUAACUUUUCUUCAGAAGAGGUAGAGCUUUUUUGCAAGCGUCUAGAGCAAGAAGCUGCACGCAUUGACUUUGUUGAAGGAAUAAUUAUGGGGGAUAUGGAGAAGAUGGAGUCAAACUACCUAGAACAGGCUAAUGAAGUUAUCGGCAAGUUUGAAUCAAAGUUCCAUUAUCUUGCUGUGGAUCGACUCUUCAUGGAUAAAAUCCAGCGAUUCCUGACAAAUCUACAGGUGAAAAUCAAAUCAGAGGUAGCGAACUCCAAUUUGCAGGCACAGACAUUAAACUCCUAUUUGGAGAAGUUCCUCAUGAAAAUAGAUGCUUGUGCUCAUCCUACUGCAGAUAAAGAAGCUGUUACUGCAGAAGAGCUGUUUGACUUUGCCAAAGUGGUGAUGAAAGAAAUGAAAAAAAGGAGCAAAUACCUUGAUUGUCUAGUGGUUCCCACUCUAAUUCUGCCAGAGAUUGUCAUACAAGGCUCUCUCACUGCAGCAGUUCGAACAGAGAGUUUCAGAGAGGAGAACAAGGCGAUGGUUAUGGGGAUAGAGAGUACUCCACUGUUGAAUCCAAGCCGAAUGGGAAAGCCAGCAGUUGAUGAUGUAGCAGUAAGCGUCAUCAAAAAUUUACUCCAAAUUCAGCAACCCAAAAAAUCCACAGAGCUGCGGCAUGAGAGAGAUGAACUCACACAGUCAAAAUCAAUUGCAACUCAUCCAUCCACCAUAACACAAAAGGAGUCGGGGUUAAACAUGGUAAAUGAAAAUGUCCAGGCCUAUCCGUCUUUCCUUGCUACUCCUGUUGCACCCAAGAAGUCUGUCUCUGUGAACAAAAGGGUCUCUGAUUCAAGCAUACACAGAUACAGCAGACCAACUCGAACUGACAAGAAGUUCCAGAUCUUUGGAGAGAAACUUCAAGACCCUGAUCAUUUUAAAGGGAUUCUCACAGAUAUUCUCUGGAAGGCUAAUGACACUUUGCUGUAUCUUGCUGAGGAGUUCUACCGAAAGGAUAAGCAUCAAAUUACCAGGCCUGACUAUCUGCAAGAAACAUUUGAGCAGUGUGCAGAAGUGCUGGGGCAGAAGCUCCUGUCUUAUCAAGCCCAGACUGAUGACUACUACAAUUCCUGCCUCAGAGAGUUCCGAGAUCAGUUGAAGUUGUUUGAAGAACAGCUUCCUCACGUUUCCCAUCUGGCUAUUGACAGCCUUUUAAAGGAACAUGAAGAGCAGCUCAGAUGCUCCAUGGAUCAGAUUCGGCACCUCUACAGAAAACAAAUAGAGGCAUGGGACAAUGCAAAGAUUGUGAACAAGAAUAAAUUGCAUCCAGCUCUUGGGCACCCAGACAACUUGUCCCAGCUGAAGACUUUGUGUGAAGAGGAGGAAAAAAGACAAAAGGACCAAGUUGAUGGGAUUCAUGUCAAUACCCAGAAACUGCAAGCCUGCGCUACAUUGUGUGCCCAGAAAUUUGUUUCUGCACUAGCUUCCCUCACAGAGAGGAUGCUUCUGGAAUUUGAUGAGUGUAUCACUAUUGACGAGGUACAGGAAACAAGACCUGAAACCCCAAAAGAGAAGAUUUCCACUUUAAUCCGUCGUAAACAAGCAGGACUUCCCUUAGAAAUCCAUGAAUCUAAGCUGUUGACUGAACGUAAGAGCAGGACCUGGCCAGAAAUACCAGCAACAGUGCUCACAGAUACUCCAGGUUAUGUUCUUUGCAGAGAAACUGCCUCUGUGACAACAGCCAAAACCACGUUGGGUCACCUGUCAGCAGCAGAAGCAAGAGAUGCCACUUAUAUGAAGUACAAGCAGAGGCUCAAAAAGGAGUUUGCCUGUAUCAAAGAAGAAAGUACAGCCCAAUUGAUGAAGGCCCAGCAUUGGGAAGACUGGUGGAAACAAUCUAUUCAGAAGAUAAAGCAGCUCUAUGUGGAGGACAGACGGAUGGGCAAAAAGUAUCAUAGAAAUGUAAGUACAAACAUAAAACUCAGGUCAACAACACUGCUGAUUUUUGGUGAAUCGGGACACGGGUAAGAUUAACACGUUCUUUUCCUGACUUUUGUUUGAUCCCCAGUUUGUCCAAUAUCACUUUCAGUUUGGCUUUGUGUACAGCAGCUUGUAAAAAAUCAGGGACUACGGGCCAAAUUUUUGUCUGGUGUAAAUGGGUGGGGCACCAUUGACUUCCAUGCUGUUUCAUGAGUUUAUUCUAGUAGGAAAUUUACCCCCCUGCUUUUUUAUUUCAUUUGCGUGGAGCACUCUGGAAAUGUUAAACACUAGACAGAUGCAAUGAAGUAAAUCUUAAUCACUGCCCUAAUAAAAGCCCUGGCGAAUGUACCGCACAUGGAACAAGGACUCCAUAUAGUGUCGAAUCUGUGCCAGAACUGAGUUAACUCAUUGUCUUACAAACCACGAUGAGAAGCUCUGAAUAACCAGCAGCCAAACAGGGGAGCUGAGAUGAUAAAAUCCAUGCUUCUGACUCAUUUGUUUAUGAUGGAAUAAUGUUUCCUCAUUACGCUGCCAAAGCCUAAAUAUGCUAUUACAUCUACCAACCAUGCCAUGGCACACUGGAAGAUUUUAAGUGUAGGUCAUACAAUGGUUUAUCUGGGAUGAUUUAAACAGAAAUAAUCUUGCCUUGCAGGGAGGUUGAACUAGAUGACUUGUUGAGAUCCCUUGUAGCCCCAUUUUUCUGUGAUUCCGGUUAUUUCCCUGUAGGCAGGAGAGCAGAAAGUUUAACUACUUUACAUGCAUAUCUUCCUUAGCUUGUUAUAUGCAUGUAACCUACUAUUAAUUGGCACUUUCUAGACUGGAUGGUGCUAACUGACCCAUAAAAUAGCUUCCUUCUCUACCAAACCCCUUAACAUGUUUACAUAAUGAUAUUUAACAGUUCAUUAGGGUUCUGGUUUUCUGUGCUUGCAUUAGAGGUUUCUGGGAUGUUUGCUUUGGGCCUUAGCACAAAGAUACUGGUUUAACUUUUCUUCACAGCUAUGAAUGGCAGGACUGUACCAUGGCAAAAGUUUGGGAGCUAGAGCAUAAAAAAUCUAGAGCAUUGGGCCCUGUAGUGAGGUAGGCUUGAGAAAGUGGUGGUCUUUAAGCUUCACUGCCUCAGGAUUAGCUCCCAGAGGCAUCGCACUUCAUUCAUGACCAUUAGGCAUGGUUUCCCUGUGCUCUUAACCUGGAGCUGAAGCAUGCAUAAUCGUUACAUCAGACUUUUCCCUUCCUCUUUAUACCCCCCAGCCUCUGUGUACUGGGGGAUGAGCUAUUGUUCUGGCCCACCCUACCUACUUGCUCUUUGUGUGGGGAGGAGCAUAUUGGAUGCACAGUCCCUGUGUCUUAUCUGCCUUUCCCCCUGCCUAGCAUGCCUGGAACCACAAUCCAAGCGGGUCUAACAGGUGGGCAGUAUACCCCUUUCUAGCUGCAUAGGACCCAGCCACAAUCUAGCCCUAAAGGAAUCUACAUAUAUGUAUUCAAGCGCUGUCGCUUUCCCUACGCUCCAUCAGUUCCUGUGGUUAGCUUCUGCAAAUCUUUGCGAUCCCACCUCUGCCCUCAUCUUGCAGUAACAUAAUGUUACUAAAAUUUUGGCUAUCAGGCCCUGGAUGAAUACAGCGCUUCCUUCUCCAAGGCUCUCAGAGCAGCAGCAUUUACCAGCAUUACAUUCAAUUGUGGAACAUUUUCAGAACUGUUGCUCCAGAGCUGAGACAUCCUGUGCCGAGAUUAAUCUUGAACUCCGUGUUUCACUUUGACUUGUAACUCUGAACAAACCUUGGCUGCAGUGCAGCAGUAUUUAGUGCAUAGCUAAGCAGGGAGCCACUGGAAGCAAGAGAGGUGGAUCAGAGCACAGCAGAACAGGGCUAGUAGCAAAUCUUUUUCAUACCCAGUUCUGGGCCUGCAGAAUCUUCAGCUAAGAGCCCAGAAUCGCCAAGCUUGAAUCUCUAAAGAUGCUGAGCAGCAGGAUGCUCUUUUUUUCUUUCAUGGGAACUGGGGACAUUUAUUGGAGAAAAGUAUAUUUUAAACAGCUGAUAGAUAGAUAAAUGGGGGAGAUAACAUCACAAUAAAAUGAUGUGCAAUGACACCAAAGCUGCUUCAAAUGCUCUUUGCUCCCCAGCUUGUUGCAUUAAGUUAGAGGUGGAGGGGAAUACUUGUGAAUUCAUUUGGCUCAUUUUCCACUUUCUCUUUGGCUAGUGCAGGAUGGAUCCCUAGCACAUUCUUUGGUACUUUGUACAGGUGAUAUCAAGCAAGAGCUGGUUGCUGAAGGCAGCAUACUAGACUGCUAAGCAGGAGAACAGUGCCUGGGACUGCCCAAUAUAUCAUCCCCUCCAUCUAUUAAGGAGUGGCUUUACCAGUCACUAAAAUGAAGGUCUGGCAUUCAGGAAUACUAUCAAGAGACUGAUCAUCAUUAACUGGGCCCAGUCACAUGAUAGAGGUUUGUUUCACUGCCUAGCGGUUGCUACUAUUGUCCCUAAGUGGAGAAUCACCUUGUUGCUGACCAUUUUGCUGGGACAAAAGGAAUGCACAAUGAAAGGUGGAAGGCUAAUUUAUCAGGACUAACAGUGGCUAAAGGCCCCUGAACUAGGGAGGCGUUGUAAUAUAAUGUGUACUAUAGUUCUCACAUAUUCUAUAUUGCAAGGCAUGUUACCAGUUUGCCUUCCUCUCAUCCCCGGGAAGAUCUUGGAGAAAAUCAUCAAAGAGACCAUUCUUGACAGACUGGCUGAAGGCAACUUCUUGAGGGAUAGCCAGCACGGGUUUGUUGCAG